AGGCAAAAGCUUCCGCAUCCCACCGGAAGCGGAAGUGGGAAACGUAAUUUUGUUAGCUAGCGCAGACGUUGGUUUGUUUUCAAACAUGUACGCCUAAGCGAAACUGCUUGACAACGUAACCAACUAUUUCUUACUGAAAAGAAAAAUGGCCAAAGAGAAACGACACAAACGACGGGAUUCGCCGGAAGUCAAAGUUAAGGUGAAACAAGAGAAGUUAAGCCCCGCAAGGCCGCACAGAACACGCCGCUCGCCAAUUGACAACAAAAGUCCUCCGAGAAGACGAGCCAGCAGGUCGCCUGUCAGGUCAAGGGACCGCUCGGAUGGCAGGAGAGAGACCACCUCCCCGGCCAGGCGAGGAAGCCGAUCCCCGCGAAGGAGAAGUCCACACCGCAGUGCCGAUGUCAAGUUGAAGCGGGAACGAGACGAGCAUCGUUCUGGCGGAGACGACCACAGAAGAAGAAACGAGCAGCCGGAAGAAAGACGCAACAGAUCAGAAUCGGAUCGUCCCCAGGAAAGAGAGCGUAACGGCGACAGACGCCGCGAGCGUGACGCCGCCGCCUCACAGCAAGCCGAGCGACGGCGGCACGACGAGCAGCGGAGGGAAAACCGCCAACGUCGCGAGGAGAACCAGGAGUUAGACUUUGGCCAUCCGGAGGCGGCCGGCGAGAGCCCGAAGGAAGCCGCCGAUAAGGAGAAGCCCAACUUCGGCCUGUCGGGGGCGCUCACGGAAGACACCAACACGUUCCGCGGGGUGGUGAUUAAGUACAACGAGCCUCCCGAGGCGCGCAUUCCCAAGCGGAGAUGGCGGCUCUACCCGUUUAAGAACGACGAGCAGCUUCCCGUCAUGUAUAUUCACAGACAGAGUGCCUAUUUGUUGGGUAGACAGCGGAAAAUCGCCGACAUUCCUAUCGAUCACCCGUCAUGCUCUAAGCAGCAUGCGGUAUUCCAGUACAGAGUGGUGGAGUUCACUCGGGCGGAUGGCACCACAGGCCGUCGCGUGAGGCCGUACAUCAUCGACCUGGCCUCGGGCAACGGCACGUACCUGAACAACCAGCGCAUCGAGGCGCAGCGCUACUAUGAGCUCAAGGAGAAGGACGUGCUCAAGUUCGGCUUCAGCAGCCGCGAAUACGUCCUGCUGCAUGAAUUUUCCGACACAAGCGAGGUGGAUGCCAAGGAAGAACCAGAAGAGGAGGACGAAGGCCUGGAUGAGUAAGAAGGAAAUCCGUAUCAAAAAUUUUUAACGUAUUUUUGUUUCAGAGAAUGGACAUGGAACAUUUACCUCAUGAAUGAUGCGCUCAAUUAUGACGUGAUUGUGUACAAAUAGAGCUACACUUGGCGAUUUUAUUUUCUCCCGUCAUUGGGCUCAAUGCAGUCAUGUAAAUUUACAUUUUUGUACUGUAAAUAAAGACUGUUGAGUAUC